GCAGACUUAGCGGAUCGAGUUAUUGAACGAUCACAGCCACAAGUCGACGCCAGCAAGAUGAAUGCCGUCGCGUCCCAGGGCACUUCUAUCACUGGCUUACAGUCAACUAUAGAAGCCCUGCAAGCACAAGUUGCGACACUUAGUCGCCAGGUGCAACAGCUUACUAUGACCCGUCGUCGUCCUAGCCGCUCAAAAUCGCCCUUCAAACUUUCUCAGUCUAGCAACAGGCAAGCUAGCUGUUGGUAUCAUCAGCGCUUUGGUACCGCAGCUCGUAAAUGUAUCAAGCCUUGCAACUUUGCCGAGAAGCAGGGAAACCUCGGCCGUUCCGUAACGGCGACGGACGCGACCGGCCAACACCAAAGUCGCCUCAUCCGCGUUAGGGAUUUAACUUCCGGCACCGAGUUUCUAGUAGACACUGGUGCCGAAGUUAGCGUUAUACCCCGUAGCUCAGAUGAGGUCGUCUCACCAUCGCCGACCAAGCUGCGUGCCGCCAAUGGCACACCAAUCGCAACUUUCGGCGAAAAGCUGCUAACGCUCAACUUAGGCCUCCGGCGAACCUUUCGCUGGCCUUUCAUAAUCGCUGCUGUGCCUUUCGCCAUCAUAGGCAUAGACUUUCUGCAACGCUUCGACCUGAUCGUCGACGCUAAAAGGAAGAAGCUUAUUGACUCUAGGACACAGCUCAGUGUUAUCGGGAC